AUGGCCAUGAGUGAGGUGGCCCUGGUGGGUGUGGCCAGCUCUGCAUUGGCCCGUUGGGUCUGUGACAUCACAGGAGCCUGUCUUAACAUCACACAAUUGCUAGAAGUUAUAGAAACUAAGGACAGAGUACAACUGGUCCUAGAAUAUAUGAUGGGGCUCAACCUGUGGGAAGAAAUCAUUCAGAGCAAAAAGCAGAGGCUUCAGGAGAAGGACGCUGGGAGGAUUUUCCGAGACAUCUUGGGAGUGGUGGAUUAUUGCCACCAGCAAGUACAAAGCCAUGAGAGCAACUCCAUGGACAUGGACGUCCUACCCAUGGCAGACCAGCCACAUGGGAGGAAGCCACACACUGUAGAGAAGAUUUGUUCAUGGCACAGAUGUUGGAGACACUCAGGGCCAAGGACAGUGGUGCGGGCACUGCAGACACCAGAGGUGCGGGGCCAAUGCUGAGAGCUUCUGCAGGUGAGAGGAGGAGGGGGAUUCAGGAGCAGAACACGGACACAGUCAAGGGAUCAAAUGAGCCAGCCUCUGCCCCAGAGGAGCUGGCUGAGGACUGAUUUGGUGACAGCACCCAGGGACAGUGAUGCUGUAUGGCCUGCACAUCAGCAGAGCUUCAGCAUAGUGACCCGUGUGAUUCUCUGAGGGUGCUUGGUGCCCAGGGCUGCUCUUCCUCUUCCUGCUGUCAGGAUCACUGGGAUUUUAUGGAGGAGGGAGGAGCAUGACUCAUGGAGGGCUGAAGUGAAGUCCCAGAUUUGUACAGGGAGAACAGGGCAGGGCUUGGAUUCGACUCUGGAACUUCCCAGCUCUUGGUCAUACUGUCGUCUAGUGAGGAAGACAGUCUGGGACAUCAUGAGAGGAACGAUAGUGUUGGCACCAGAUGGUGGAGGUAGUAGCUUUCCAGGCUGUGGCAGGACACCUGAGAUUCAUCAGCAGAGGUUUCCGUCCAGGGUCACUAUGGGCUUGGGGCAGCACAGCACAUCAUGGCAGCAGUGUUGGAGGAGGAGACCCCUCACCUCAUAGCACCUGGGAGGCAGAGUCAUGAAGAGGCCGGAUUCCAUAAUUCUGGUCCCAGCCACGCCCCUGUGACCUCACUUACUCCCACUAAGCUCUGCCUCCUCCCAGGGGCUCUGCUGUCUGGUCCACACUUACAACUGUGAGCCUACAGAGCACCUCAGAGAGAAGACAGAGGAAGACAAAGGAGCAGUAGGAGGGGGACUUUCCUGAUUUGUCCCUUGUUACCCUAGAGAGGCGGCUCUGGGGGCAAAGAGUGCUGGGCCCCUGGGUGCCUGCAGACCGCACAGCCUCCCUUGUGGGUGCGGGUAGACGUGGAGGCUGGGUGAGGGCGAGGCUUGUCCAGCACAGCCAUGACUGUAUCUCACAGUCCUCUGUGGUGAGGAGCUUUUACAUGUCCUCCUUGGUCACCUCUUGCCAGGCCCAUGUGUGAGAGCUUCCAUGAAGAAGCCACCAAGUUGUUGCUGCAAGGAUGGCAAGUCCAGGUGAAGAGAGGCAGUGCUGUGAGCUCUGUUUACUGGGCCACUGUACUGCCACUCUGGCCACCGUGCAGAUUCUGGGACAUGGCCAUGCUGUGAGCAGCCCAGGAAUAUGCAGAGGCCAUGCUGAGUCUCUGUCCACUGAGUUCAGCAUGGGAGCCAUCCCAGCCCAGUCACCUGACAGGUGUGUGAUGCUGCCCCCAGAUGACCCAGCCACUGCCGUCAAGCAUCCUUCUCCUAGAAACUUCUGUGGACCCUGCAGCAUUCUUUGGGAUCCUCCCACCCAUGCUGCCAUGUGCAUCGUACUUACCUCUUGGUAACCAUGUGGUAACUGGAAGGAACAGCAGCAGCAAGAAUGGGCUGCGUCUCAGCUCCUUGGGAAAACUUGCUGCCUUCACUAGGGCUUCUGAGUGUCUUGGGAGCUUGAAUAUGGAGAGAGGGGGGAGGCACCUCAGACAGAGAUUUCUGGAGGGGGUGA